AUGGGACAACGACAGUUAUUUUGUUUGGGGCGUGCUCUUUUAAGGAGAAGUAGAAUAUUAGUAUUGGACGAAGCAACUGCAUCAAUUGAUAAUUCUACUGACCUGAUUGUGCAGAAAACCAUAAGGGCUGAGUUUGUAGAUUGUACGGUGAUUACAGUAGCACAUAGAAUACCAACUGUGAUGGAUUGCACUAUGGUUCUUGCUAUAAGUGAUGGAAAAUUGGCGGAGUAUGAUGAGCCAAUGAGAUUGAUGAAGAGAGAAGAAUCGAUGUUCGGGCAACUUGUCAAGGAAUACUGGUCUCAUAUGCAGUCUGCAGAAUCACAUUGA